AUGAACCAUCACACCAUCAUCUUCAGGGUCGCCAUCACCCAACCUCAACAUGAAGACUGUGUAGCUGGUGAUAUUGAACGUCUGGAUGCUAUCUGGAAUCCGCUGCUAGCCGAUCCUGCCACUGUUGCUCGCCGCUCCGGAGGCCAGGUUGAAUUUCCCUUGACCAGCAAAUACUCACACCAAUCGACAAAACCGCAUCUGAACCGCACAGAGCGCAUUCUCUCCAUCUCGCGACCUCAUCCACAACCUCCAAAAGCCCUCGAUCAAGUCGCCAAUUUCACAAUGGCAACCACCUCGACCUCGUCCGCCGCCGCCACCACCAUCCCCACCUUCCAACCCGGCGACCGCGUCAUUGUGAAGCCGCCCUACCAGACCGGCCGCUGGGUGAUUGGCAACAUCAGUCACCACUACGUCGAGGGGCAGGCAGUCGAGGUGGAGCUCGAUCCACAGGCGAUGAUGGGUGUGAGCAAGCAGGCUCUCAAGGCUGUCCGCCAUCGACUCGGCUGCUUGGUCUUUCCUGAGCUGGUGGAGAACGUGGAACAUGCGUCGUAG